GAGAGCACGGACAUUUCAGAUACUGCUCAGCUGGCCAUUUUUGUGCGAGGUGUUGAUGAUGAGUUCAAUAUAACUGAGGAACUUCUUGCUCUGUGCCCCAUGAAAGACACUUGUACUGGAAAGGACGUUUUUCAGGAGUGUGAUUCAGCAAUGAAGAAAGCGAAUCUGAAUUAUGAAAAACUCGUUGGAAUUGCCACAGAUGGUGCACCUGCAAUGGUCGGGGAGCAGAAAGGAUUUCAAGGCAUGUUAAAGAAAGAGCUCCAAACCAGAAACAUUCCCCAAACGUUGAUAUGGUGCCACUGUAUCAUACACCAAGAAUCUUUGUGCACGAAGGUCAUUGGUUUCCAGGAAAUCAUGGCUAAAAUAAUAUCAACUGUGAAUUUCAUCCGUGCUCGGGCAGUGAAUCAUCGCCAAUUCAAAGAACUUCUGGAGGAAUUGGCUGCGAAUUACAAAGACGUUCUGUACUUUUCUCAAGUGAGAUGGCUGAGUAGAGGGCGCACUCUGAAACGGGUGUGGGAGCUGAGAGAAGAAAUUGCACAGUUCAUGGAGUCGAAAGGAAGGCCUCUACUGGAAUUCUCCGACGAACAGUGGCUCUGCGACUUUGCCUUCUUGGUCGACAUUACUGAAAAGUUGAAUCAGUUGAAUGUGUCUAUGCAGGGAAAGGACAAACUCGUUCACAAUCUCUUUGGUGAUAUCAAGUCGUUUGAAGCCAAGCUGCUUCUUUGGAAAAGUCAAUUGGAGAACAAUGUUUUCGAUCAUUUCCCUUGUCUGAAAAGUCAGAAAGAAUUGAAGCCAGAAGGAGGAAGAUACUCCACUGAAAUCGAAAAACUCACAGCAGAGUUUUCUCGGCGUUUUCAAGAGUUUCGUGCAAACGAAAAUGACUUCAAGAUCUUCUCAAUGCCUUUUUCUGUUGAUCCAGUGACAGCUCCCACGAAUCUGCAGUUAGAAUUAAUUGAUCUGCAGAACAACAUGGAUUUGAAGGCACAAUUCUUGUCAAAACACUAGUCGAGUUCUACAAAGACUGUGUCUCUGAUGAAUCUUUUCCGAACCUUCUUCAUCAUGCAAUGAAAACAGUGACGCUGUUCGGCAGCACUUAUCUCUGUGAGCAAUUCUUUUCCAAGUUGAAGUAUUCAAAA